AUGCCCGAUCGGGAUACUGUUGCAUGGAAUACAAUGCUUGGAGCGUACGCACAGCAUGGCAUUGUAGACGGGAAAAAGAUUCUUUUUUGUUUGAUUGCAAAUCUCAACUUUGUGUCGUGGACGACAAUGCUUACAGCAUAUGCCCAAAACGGAUACCCCAGUGACACGAUAUCAGCUACUGCAAUGAUUUCGGCAUUUGCCGCGACGGGCAAUGACAGAGAGGCAUGUGCCUUGUUCGAGAAUAUGCCAGAGAGGAACGUCUUCUCAUGGACGGCGUUGCUCCAGGGAUAUGCCGAGAAUCGUCUUCUAGACAAGGCAAAGAGCUACUUUGACAAGAUGCCAGCAUGGAAUCUUGUGCCGUGGACUGUGCUCGUCGUUUCAUAUGCUCAAUCCGAGCGGCUUGAGAUUGCACAAGACUUGUUUGUGGAGAUGCCCGAGCGGAGCAUAGUGACUUGGAAUGCCUUGUUGGCAGCGAUUGGGCAUGCCAAGUCUUUGGAGGAAGCGAAGCUUUUCCUUGUCACUAUGCCCGCAUGGAACUUGGUGACCAAAAACACAAUCUCUCAGAUCAAGGAAGUCAAACAAAGUGAAACCACUAGUUGA